CCCGUGGUUGUCAUGGUGACCGUUCAAUCAACACGAGCUAGUCGAUAGCAAAGAAUAUAAUUUCUCUACUAAUUACCUGCAAAGUCCACAAUAAAUUGUUUGCUUAAAUAAAUAGUGAUAACUGGCAGGAGUGAUGUAGGACGGAGGAGAUACCUCAAGUGCGAUCGAGCAGAUAUCAGUAUCGCUAGUGUGGAGAUGGGUCUGUUGGAGAAGUUAUCAUCGUGGAUGGGAGGCGGCGGGAAGGUAGUGACAGUACUGGUGCUGGGACUCGACAACAGUGGCAAGAGUACCAUGUUAAGGACGCUACGGACAGAGCAGGAGGGGCAGGGUCAGGGGGCAGGGCCGGCGAGCAGCGUACCUACUAUAGGACAACAACAGGAGAACUUCCAGAGCGGAGGUGUAUCUUUCCGUGCGUGGGACGUGUCGGGCGCGGCGCGGCUCCGGGCUCUCUGGGAGAGACACUACCGACACUCUGACGCUGUCAUCUUUGUGGUGGACUCCGCGGAUCAUCUGCGACUCGUGGUGGCGCGGUCUGAGUUGGAGCUGAUGUUGUCUCACCCAGACAUGGCGGGCCGCCGCCUGCCGCUACUAGUGCUCGCUAACAAGAGUGACGCUCCUCACGCGCUCUCCGCCGCACACGUGGCCUCAGCGCUGGGUCUGGAGCGUAUAACUGACAAGCCUUGGCACGUGUGCGCGAGCAGUGCUCUUAGCGGCGAGGGUCUGGACGACGGAGUGUCCUGGCUGGCACGGCAACUCCGAGAGAAACACUGAUACAUUACAGGAUUGUAGAUACGACAAAGGUUAUAGACGAAAGAAGCACAACGUUUUAACUGUAUCAGUUUCUUGCGAAUUACAACAACUAUUUCUAUGGCAAAGCAGAAGUUUUUAAUGUAGGACACUACGACUCCAGCCACGGACGGACGGAUCACUAUAAACUAUAAAGUAUUAUUAAUAUAUGAACAGAGAGUGAGAAGUACAAGAAGAUGACUCAAUGUUCCGGUCUUUAUAAUUUCAUUGAUGGUAUGAAUAUAUGUAACAUGUAAAUACAUAACACAACGAAAUCAUUUCGAGAGAAAUAACAGAUCAGAGCUCACAAGUUCACUAUAAUCAUGUCUAUUUGCAUGAAGUCUAUAUAUGUGUAUUGUUAUAAGAACAUUAACAAAAACAAUAUCGCUAACUAUAGAAGAGUGAAAAUAUAAAAUAGCUCUUCAUAUAGUUCCUGACAUUUAUUCAAAUCGCUAUAGUUUUGUGUACUGCAACAUUAUUAUGUGAAUAUAUAAAAAUAGUUUUUUACAUUUUAACAAAAAAAAUUAAAUGAAAUAUAGCGUUUUAAAAUUAUUUCUUUUAUUAACUACUUUUAAAUCACAUUAAUAAUAUGUAUUAAUUGAAAUAGUAAAUGAUCUUCACAAUCUGAUAAAAGUUAAUUGGUAUAAUUUUUUCAUCAUAUAUUCCUUAACAAAGGAUGUAAUUUUUUUUUAUAGGUUAACAUUUAUAUUUACAGUUAACAUGACACUAAUAGUGUCAUGUUAAAAAAAUAUCUCCAAAUGAAAAAAUAAUUAAUUUAUCAAGCGAGAAAGAAACCGUCAUAGUAUAUAAUAAUUUUAUUACAACUUUUUAAGCAAUCAUCAAAAUAAUAAAAACAUAUUCACAGAGUGUCUACUGUCUGGUGAACGGCGAACGCCUUGUAAAUGGAUGUUGUACUCUUACAGAAAUUAUAGGAUUAUAUUAAAUGAUAAUAUCUCGCGAUCAAAUUGUUUUUUUCAAUAAAUAAACUGAAACGCAACAAGUCAGUUGACGUAGAACAAACCAUAACUGAUGUUAUUGAAUAAACAAUAACUAAUAUAUAUGUAUAUUAUUAUAGAUAGUGCAACUUUGAAGGAUUAAAGAUUUUACCAGCUUGUCAGAUAUAACAUGGAUAGUUUCCCGAUCUUAGUUUAUAUAAGAACUACUAGCAUGUCAAAAAUAAACUAGGAAUAAUUAUAUACUAGGUAUAUAUAUUUAUUAUAAUUUUAUGCAAUAAAUAAAAUGAAUAUAUUAAAUGUCUCAAACGAAUAAAA